AUGUCAAGCACACCGACAACACCAACACCAUCUAAUCGUGCCAGCCAGACGAUCUUCACUCCAGUGCAACUCGAAGCGCGAGCAAUUCUCACACACCUCCUCACGCGCCUCUCCCAACUCCCUGUCUCUUCCUCCGACGAUGGCAAACCUCACCCUUACCACAAAUUCGUUCCUUGGAUCUCUCACCACAGCAUCCCCACCCUCGUUCAAUCAAUCUACUCCCUUAUACGUCCUCAAAUCUGGCAUCUUCUUUCCUCCCGCCUCUCUCUAGACGCCCUGAAGCAUCUCGGUGGGGACCUGCGACACGAAGGCCGGGCCAUCUACCUCAACGGCAUCUUAGGUGUCGACAAAAGAUUGAGGAUUUAUGUCGGCCAGAGUAGCAAUCUGCGCGUGAGAGUGGCUCAGCACCUGAACUUCAGGUAUAGGAGAGAUCAUCCGAGUCUACAUUACUAUGCGCUGGAGUGGAGUAUCUACAAUGUUUUCGGUGUACUAGCUGUGCUUCCUUCGGGUGGAUAUGGCAAUGCAGUGCCGGGGAUGGAUCACCCGGAACUCGUGAUGAAUGUGCUGGAGAUGUGGAUGUGUCUUGUGUUCCGGACGUUACCCGAAGAUACCCUGAAAGAGUGGCUACCAGACGAUGUGCUCGUCGAUAAGAAGAAGUUGACGGCGAAAGAGGGGAUCGUAGGUGGCCUCAAUGUAGCAAGUCCACUUGACCAGGGUGUGGAGAUGAAAGAGAGGGAAUUUGUGGAUUUGAGUGAAGAGGACGACCUCAUUAUUCGGGAUUAUUUGAAGGACGUACAAAGAAAGAAGGGCGACGGCUUGGUUGGGGAACAGAUGAAGGAAAGGAAGACGAAAGAUGUUGAAGUGGAUGAAGAAGAACGUGCGCUGAGGAAGAAGAUGUACGCCGAGAAAGCACGAAGGUACCAGCGGAGAGAUACGGAUAUCGUUGUUCCGCAGUGGGUGUUCCUGGGUGCUAUGGCGGUGGGUGUGGGAAUUAUGCUACUGAGGAGUAGUGGGGGACCGCAGGCUAGAGGAAGCUGGAGAUGA